GGGCCAUCCCCAAACUGUUCCCACAAAGUUUGGAGUAUGAAAUUGUCCAAAAUGUCUUUAGCUACUGAUUCUAGUGACUUCUACACACUGGGUGCUUCAGCAUGCGGUAACCCCGCUCUGUCAUUUUACAUGGCCUACCACUUGGUGGCUGAGUUGCUGUUGUUCCCAAUUGCCUCCACUUUGUUAUAAUGCGACUAACAGUUGACUGUGGAAUAUUUAGUAACAAGGAAAUUUCAUGGAUGGACUUAUUGCACAGGUGGCAACCUAUCAUGGUACCACACUUGAAUUCACUGAGCUCCUGAGAGCAAUCCAU